UUUAUUAAAAAAAUAUGCUUUCGUCAAAAAGCAAAAUAAAAUAAAAAUUGAAAAUAAUAUCUACAGUAUAAAGAAAAUAAAAACUUGGCCUCGUUCUUCUCCCUCUGUCUCUCUCUCUCUCUCACUCUGAGCUCAAGCGAUUACCUCCCAUGGGAAAAAUCUCUGAAGUGAUUAUCUAGCUCUUUUUGUCGUUUCUGCAUCCAUUUUUAUGGAUCUUGGAGUUCGGAUUCAAGGGUUGGUCUCGGGUCAUGAAAACGGGUCUCCGGGUCAAUCAGAGCUUGGAUCUGGUUUCAGCAACAAGCAAGAGAGAUCCGGUUUCGACGGUGAAGAUUGCUGGAGGAGCUCUAAGCUUUCAAGAACAUCAACAGAUGGAUUCUCUUCCUCAUCCGCUGCAGCUAAAACUCUGUCGUUUCAUCAAGGGAUACCUCUCUUGAGAUCUACCUCUAUCGAUCCUCGCAGACAAGAGCAUAUGCUUAGCUUCUCAUCUGCUUCAGACAAACCAGAUGUCUCGCCUUAUCUUCAGUACUGUAGAAACUCAGGAUAUGGUUUAGGAGGAAUGAUGAACACAAGCAGCAUGCAUGGAAACUUGUUGACAGGAGGUAAAGGACCUUUCUCAUUGACUCAAUGGGCAGAGCUAGAGCAACAGGCGUUGAUCUACAAAUACAUCACAGCCAAUGUCCCUGUGCCAUCUAGUUUACUCCUCUCUCUCAAGAAAUCCUUUUUCCCUUAUGGAUCCUUGCCUCCUAAUUCCUUUGGAUGGGGCUCUUUUCAUCUGGGCUUUUCCGGCGGCAACAUGGAUCCCGAGCCCGGGAGAUGUCGCCGGACAGAUGGAAAGAAAUGGCGGUGCUCUCGUGAUGCUGUUCCCGAUCAAAAAGUUCAGAGUUCUCGAGUGGGUUCUGUUUUUCCCGCCACGAUGAACAUACAACCGAAGGAAUCUCAUCAGAAACAGAGCAACAACCCUUUCGAAUUCGGACUCAUCUCCUCUGACUCGUUACUCAACCCGUCGUCGCAGCAUAAACAGCCCUCUUACGCGAACUCAUCGAAAGGCUUUGGAUCGUAUCUCGACUUCAGCAACCAAGCAAAGCACUCGGGGAAUCACCACAAUGUCGAUUCUUGGACCGAAGAGCUGAAAUCGGACUGGACUCAGCUCUCAAUGUCAAUCCCCAUGGCUCAUCCAUCUUCCCCUGUUCAAGAUAAACUUGCUCUCUCUCCUCUAAGGCUGUCCCGUGAGUUCGACCCUGCGAUACACAUGGGAUUAGGCGUCAACACCGAGUUUCUCGAGCCGGCGAAGAAGACGAAUAACUGGAUUCCUAUCUCUUGGGGGAAUCAUAACUCCAUGGGAGGUCCUCUUGGAGAGGUACUAAACAGCACGACGAAUAGUCCCAAGUUUGGAUCUUCUCCAACGGGUGUCUUGCAAAAAUCGACAUUUGGUUCUCUUUCUAACAGCAGCUCAGGAAGCAGCACGGUUCUUGGUGAUAACAACAUCAAGAACGGCGAUGGAAAAGACCCGCUUGGACCAACAACACUGAUGAACUCCUCUGUUUCUGCUCCAUCUCUGUGAAACUGAAAAGGAAAAAAAAUAACACAAAACACUCUGUUUUCUCUGUUUUACUUGGUGGUGCAUUGUUGUUGUAUUUCUAUAUAAAGCCAGAAGAAACUAAAGGAGAGAUGGAUUUUUUUGUUUUCUUUUAUCUUCUUUAAAGACCUGUUUCUUCUCCUUCUUUCUGAUUUCUGAAUCCAUGGAUUUUAUUGGUUCUUAAACAUCAAAUUCUUGAUUUUUAUUGUAUUAGCUCUUAACAAAAUUUUGAACCUUAAUAAUUAAA